CACCUCUAUACGUGUAUAAAGCAGCACAAAUUAGUGACAUUUAAAAGAGCAGCGAUCUUAGUGCAACAAGUAACCGGCCGCCCGCCCGCCCGGCGAGCGAGGGGCGGGCGGGCGGCAGUAACGUCGCGACUAUGGCCACGAACGGACGUACGAAGCGUUCUCAGUCGAUAUGUGCGCCGGCUUCCGCGAGUAUGGAGGCGCUCGCGGCGCCGAUGGAGACCACGCCGGCGCCGCGCCGUCGCCCCGCCACGCGUUCCCAGUCCGCCAGGAUCACCGGUGGCCGCUCCGUCCGCCAGCGACGACAGCAGCAGCAGCAGCAACUCGACCGGGAGACCAGAGCUCGCUAUAGCUCUGAACCUCGACUCGCCGAAACGGAAACUCCACCGCAAGUCCGCAGGCAGGCCUCCGCCCGCCGCCGCCCGCCUCCCGGCCAGCACAGCCAACCGCGACGCUCCAACGCCUUCCUCGACGUCCCUCGCAACACGCUCCAGCCUGACGAGGAACCAGACGAGGACUCCUACCGACUCCGCACCUUCAACAUCACCCAGAAAGGAGGCAUAGUGAACCGCGGCGACUCGUUCCGGCGUCGGCGGUCGCGGUCCGGCAGCUUAGCACCAUCCUCUCCGGCGCAGUCUGCGCCCGAACCACAGGAGCGCAGGCCAGUCGCCUGCCACAGAGUAGCGAUGGUGGGCGCUCCAGGGGUCGGAAAGACUGCGCUCAUCAGUCAGUUCCAGACCAGCGAGUGCAUCAACGCGUACGACAGACAACGAGGUGAUGUCGACAGUUCAGAACAAAAGGUGUCCAUAAUGUUGAACGGGGAGGAAUCAGAAUUAUAUUUUGUGAACUGCACUAGUACAAAAGAAGAAAUAGAGCGGUCCGAGCCUCCUGACGCGUUCGUGGUCAUCUACUCAGUGGUGGACAAGGCGUCCUUUCAGAAAGCGGAGCAAGAGCUGGCAAGGCUGAUGGACUGCGAUAUGCUGCGAGCGCGACCCGCGCUGCUAGUCGCUAACAAAAUCGACUUGGCUAGGAGUCGAGCGGUGUCCACACAAGACGGCAAAUGCUUAGCCUGCACAUACAAAGCGAAGUUCAUUGAGGUGUCAGUGGGCAUCAACCACAACGUGGACGAACUAUUAGUUGGCAUACUCAACCAGAUCAGACUGAAGAGGCAGCAAUACGCAGAGGGAGGGAGGGAAUCCUCACCAGCGCACUGGUACAAAUCAAGAGGUGUCGUCCGCGCCAGCAUGAAAGCGCGCCAAAUGUUAACGUGGAUAUUCGGCAAGGAGGAUUCGAAAUUCAAAAACUGUGAGAACUUACAUGUACUGUGAGUGGAAAGCGACUCGCCGGAACCGGUUUUCGUGUAGAAACUUUGACUUUAAAUGACUGUGUUUACUCUGUGGUCAGUGCGCGGAUUUAAAAAGAAUGGUUGAAUAAAGUUAGGCAAUGGAAUUAUAAAAUUUGGAUAAGCGUUUGGGUUUUAUACAUAAUGGAUUUCGUGCCUUUUUUUAUUUUUUUUCGGUGAACAAUUUUAUAAGGCGCUGCGCUAAUGUGGACACUUUUGUGUCUUGUGUCGGAAACAAUCUACCAAUUAAUAUUUGAUUUCUAUAGAACCAGUAUAAAAUAAGCUGCUCCCUGUCUAGACGUAAUUUUUUUUUGUGUCCAGUUGCUUCCAGUUAAAUACUCGUUGACGAUCAAAAGAUGUUCAGUGUUGAUAACUAGAAACUAAAAGUCGUCAGUUGAAGACACAAGACACACAAUUCCCUUACAAUUGUACCAUUAAUUAACACAAUCAGCAAACAUAAUGUUUCUUUAUUACUCCCAAUGUGAAACUGACGGAAAAUAAGGAACGAAUUGUACCAGUGACCAACCGGCCUAUUCGAUGACUUUUUUGACAUUUACACUAUGUAACUAAAGAGAAAAUUGCAUAUUCAUCGAUGCUAUUCGGAACAAGUAUCUUAGUGGCGUUAUAAUAAAGCAGUAGUGGAUCACUAAUUAGCUCGGUGAUUAUCACUACCAUCUGUCAAAAGUAGUUAGCGAAUAGGCCUACCUAAGUAGCGACAGGUGGCUGCGUCGAUCACCGCUAUAGCAGUGCUAUUCUGUAAGAACAAACUUAGUUUUCACCAUUUUAUUAGAACACGAUUUUCAAAUAAAUUUGAAAUCUACUUCCGUGGUGAAAAAUGAGUUUAUUGAAAUCUGAGUUAUAUGAGUUUCACAGCAGUUACUUGUGGUGGUGUGCCGUGUCGGCAACAAAAGUGUCCACGUAUGCGCAGUGCCUUUAUAAUAACAUACUGGUCGAAAUGUUUAUUUUUAUUAAGACUUAUUUUAUACUAUCUAGUAUCGAGAAUUCUUUAAAAACGACUUCUCGGAAAUUCAUAAGGUACUUUUUUGUGAGAGAUUAAUUAGAGUAGUUUUUACUGUGACUAUAUUAUUAAGGUUUGUGUCAUAUAAAGCCAAAGAUCAUGGUAUUCGUCAGUGUUAUAUAAUAUAUCAUAUUGUGCCAAUUUUGAGAGAAUUUAACAUACGUACUUAAUUUGCUAAUAUAAGGUUAGAUUUAAAGUAGCUCGUAAGUGAUAUACAGUAUUUUCGUCAGUACAUUAUACUUAUUAUCAAUAUUGAACGUAUCAGCAAUAAUAUUUAUGCGUUAAGUAUAGCAGUGGUAUUGAUUUUGACUGAUCUUCUUUGUAUAACCUAUCGUUCAAAUCUUAGUCUGACUAUUAAGUGUCGCCGCACACGGGCCACACGCCAAAGUCACAAACGCCGCCACGAGAAGUUAGAAGCGGCUACUAAAGUGGCUGAAGCGCGGGACAGCGGCCGAAUAAGGAAAAGGAGAGAGGGGUAGGGAAUAGCGCGAGUGACGUGUGGCGGCGUAUUGUAUCGGCGCAUUAAGUGGCCGGUGCGGGCCACAAGAAGCGACCAACGACGAUUUGUAACGUGUGGCGGCCACCGGCGUACCGUGUGUGGCGAGUCCAUAUAAAAUGUAUGAAAACUACAAGAAAUAUGCCGGUGGCGGCGUUUUGUGGUUGUGGUCGGUGGCCCGUAUGCGGCGACACUAAGAGGGGAGGCGCGCUAUGUUUUUUCCGUACAAACGUUCUCGACUGAUUCUCCGAGCAAAGGUCACAAUAAUGAGGUGUUCGUUGAUCAUAUUAUUAUCAGUAUAAUUAUAAUUCUCAAAAUAUUAAUAAUGAUGUAACAAAAAUCUAAAAGCUGAAGUACCUUUGACAGCAUAUUAACCUACGAAAAAAACUGUACCAGAAACUAAAUUAUUUGUUGGGAUACAUGAAAGUUCAUUCUGUAGCUGUGACAUCAUCACGAAGAUACACACAGACAGACGAUGUGGGGUAAUUUAAUUUAUAAAGCAGUAGUAUGUGAGUGGCACAAAAUCAAUAUCAUUGUUUAACAUAAUAUUUACUACACAAAUUAGUAAUUAAUGAAGUUAUAUUGGACCACUGUAAAAGAUAAAUUAUUGUUACGAAUAUUUCAAUACCUACACUUUUUAAUCGUAAUUAUGGUAUUUUCCCAAAGCCAAAUUUUCUAUUCCUUAUCAAUUUAUUCAAUGGAAGUAUUAAUCGGCUGCGAGACCUAUAUGACACUUUUAGGCCCGUAUUACAGAAAGAUACUCAGUGAUUGAUCUAGUCUUGGGCAUAGUUAGAAAGGGAUGUCGCUAUAUAUAGCACAUAGCGACAUCCCUUUCUAACUGCACUCAAAUAAAGAUCAAGACUUAGUUGUCAUUCUGUAAUACGGGCCUUAGAUGUCGAUCAUUUGAACUCAAACUCAACAUUAGGAAAACUUUACUAGCAUCAAUAUCAAGAUAUAUUAGGAUACCUACUCCCUCAAUUGUACCUAGAUACGUCUAUUUAUUAUAUUCGUUAUUAACACACCGUAAUAUUGUACUCUUUUUCAAACAAUAUAGAAAAAGAACCUACUACAAUAUUCAAUGAAAAAUAACUUAACUUCUGAUUAAGUAAAUCAUAAUCAAAACAGAUCCAAUUUAUAACAUACCUAUCUUUAAAUAAAACAAGUUUCAACGGGUUAAGGGCAUCUAUGUAUAUAAAACUCAAAGGUGACUGACUGACAUAGUGAUCUAUCAACGCACAGCCCAAACCACUGGACGGAUCGGGCUGAAAUUUGGCAUGCAGGUAGAUGUUAUGACUGAGGCAUCCGCUAAGAAAGGAUAUUGAUCAAUUCUACCCCCAAGGGGAUAAAAUAGGGAAUGAAAGUUUGUAUGAAACUUUGUCAAUUUUAAACCUAUCGGGCUGAGACUUUGCAUGCAGGUAUAAGAAAAAAUUGUGUAUAAUACAAGCCUGAGAACAAAAACUGUGGUCCACACUUCAGCUCUACACCGAAGCGAAGCGAGGGCGGGCCGCUAGUAUUUAAUAUAACAAGAGUCAGCUCGACCAAAAUUUCAGUAACGUUCUUUCUCACAGCCCAAUAAUGCCAAUAUUUUUUUUAAAAAACGAGGAAUUUUUGAACAAACUUAAAUUCAGGGCAUAUAUACCAGCGGCUAUGGUGGAACCCAAAGGAAUACUGCGUUUUGGACUAUCGCGGAAUUUUGCGCUCUGUCACUUGGCGAACAAAAUGCUUUGAAUCGUUUUCCACAGUAGUUUUUACUACCCGCCUUCGCGCCAGACGCAGCAAUCCGGCCACCGCACAAGAGUAAGACAGAGCGCAUUUCAUUGAUUGAAUAAUGAAUUGAAUUGCAUUGGUUUUAGUUGCAAUUUGUCAUCCGCAUCGUGAUCGCGACAGCGCUAUACGAAAAAGUAAGACAGCGAUAAUUACAUGUCUAUGAAUGAAUUUUUACUACGCCGCCGCUACCGCAAGCGAUUAUGGCACUAUGGGUGACAGAGCGGGUCUUUCCGCGAGUGUACCUACAAGCAUCAUUGAGCAACGAACAGUUAGAUGAACUGAUUUUAUUCAUUUAUUGACGUUUCGCAUCCUUUGCAGGAAUGCCUCGUCGGAAUAAUAUUUCGACGUCAAUAAACAAAUAUACUCAGUGCAUCUAACCAGUUGAAACUUGUUUUAUUUAAUGAGUGAUGUGCGUGAAAACCUAAGAAACAAAUAAACCUAUCUUUAAUAUUCCUAUAAGUACUUAAUAUCAAAUGAGCUUUUACUCUUACAAAUCAUAGAAAGAAGUAUUUAGAGUCAAACAUGACAACAUACUUACUAUAAUUCUACACGGGGCCACGAUUUUCCUUCCAAGUUAAUCUUAAAAUUUUCCCUUCACGCUAUAUUUUCUGAUGUUGCACUGGUGAAAGUAGGCUUGGCGGCUGUAUCAAUAAUUCGUGUCCGAAAGAAAAAAUAAACAAAGAAAAUAUUACUAGAAAAAAUUCCACACAGACAGGUUAACAGACGGGACUUGAACCCGCACCCUUCGCUAUCUGGGCGAAUCCACUGAUCAUUAUGCUACCGCGGCCCUGAUGGCCGUGUCGAAUUAUUUCUAGCCUUUCUUAAGCUGCAAUUGCGGUGAGCGUGGAUUUUUUUCUUGUUAACUUUUCUUUAAGAUUUAAACAUCUAGCAGUUAAAUGCUUAAAAAAAUUUUAAAUUAAUAAAUUUAAAAAAUAUGACUCAUUUUAAUGUCACAGUUUGCGUGCACGUGUUACGUGAUCUGAGAUGUUACACAGAAAUUGGGGUCCUAUAAAAGAGAUGCAAAGAUGCAUCCAAUAGAUCGACAAGGCGAGGGUGGUUAUCUAAGCAUCAAUACGGAUUUGCUCGAACUUUUUUUAUAUAUUAAAAAACUUAUUGCAGCAGCUUCCACAGUAUUAAAGGAGUACUAUUAUUGCCUCGUUUAGACGACGAGGAGCUCGGUGGCGCAGGUGGUUAGCGCGAUCGUUGUAGUUAAGCAACUUUCGCAGUGGUCGGUCAUUGGAUGGGUGACCAAAAAUUUCUAUCUCGAGUUCCUCCGUGCUUCGGAAGGCACGUUAAGCCGUUGGUCCCGGUUGCAUCUGCAGUCGUUAGCACCCGCCAAUCCGCACUGGGUCCGCGUACUGGGUCAUGGCCCAAAUCUCCCUAUUCCAUCCAUAGGGAAGGCCUGUGCCCCAGCAGUGGGGACAUUAAGAGGCUGAUGAUGAUGAUGAUGAUGAUGAUGAGUAUUGCCUCGUUUAGACAUGAAAUAACCUCCGUUCAACUAUCCGCCCACUAAAUUAGUAAUGCCCUAUCAUUAUCAUUUAAUUUAGUAAUGCCCUAUCAUUAUUACAUUAAUAUAACAAAGGCGAAAGUUUAUGAGUUUGUGAGUGUGUUUGUUUGUUACUUCGUCACGUCUAAACAACUGGAGCGAUUUCAAUAAAAUUUGGUGUGGAGUUAGCUGACACCCUGGAUUAACACAUAGGCUACGUUUUACUGCGGGAAAAUAUCCCCAAUAAACUUCAGGUAACACCGCGGGGCACAGCUAGUGUUUCAAUAAGAUCGGCAGGAUUGUAAGCAUGAUGCUGGGAAUAUCUUACAUACGAGGCAUUUCAAUAAUAUUGCGUUUUUGUAAUGAAAAGAGGCGGAAAUAUACAAAGCAUUUCACGUAACCUCAGGCUAUACUUUCGAUGGACGCAAACAAAGUAUUCAGUUAUUUUCUAAAUCUUUUUUUCAGCUCUGUGAAAAUAUUACACUGUGGAUUUUUCGCGCGUUAAAAACGGUACAGACUUGCACUAUAGAAACUUAUACAAAAUAUAUACUGAAUGAAAAAAAUGUUUCAUGGAGUCUUAACAGCGCUUCGAAGUUAUCCUCAACUUUUUGCGAGCAUUCAAACCGCCUGCCUACUCUCAGUAGGAAAAAGAUUAUUUACUAAAAACGAAAACCAUUACGUUUUCAACAUAAGAAAUGAUGUGGUGAAACAACUUAGGUAUUUAUUCUUGACUGAAGUUUAAAAUUUUACGAUAUUGCUUAUAGCUACACAGUCGCAAAUGAUUUGGUGUAGUAAAUCCUUUUUUUUACCUGUACCCUUAUCACGAACCAAUUAUCGAAUUCGAAUAGUUUGCGAGUGCGAAAUGUCAAUGUCAAAUUUCGUAUGGAAACUUGGAGAGCAGCGCCACAAAGUAUGUAAUGGUACUAAGGGUACAAUACCCUUAGCACGAACCAAUAUCGAAUUCGUAACGUUUGCGAGUACGAAAUGUCAUUGUCAAACGUGUACUGAUUUUUAGUUCUCGUUACAUACUUUGUGGCGGUGCUGUUCAAGUUUCCAUACUAAUUUAUAUAUGUCAUUUUCGCACUCGCAAACUAUUCGAAUUCGAUAUUGUUUCGUGCUAGGGAUACAGUACUCCAAGUACAAACUUUGACGGAUCCGUAUUCGUAUAGCCAACGUCAAAGGUUCUAUGUAAACAAAGUAGAGCCUCAUAGGAACAAACUAACUUUUUCCAUAUGCCGCAAUUACAUUUGGUCGGUAACUCGAAUUCGGAUGCACGAAAGGCAUUACUCGAAUUCUGGCGCCCGAAGCAAUAUUUACACUAGAAUACGAGCUGGUAGACUCUGUUCAAUUACACUUUUACGUGUAGACGUUUACCCGAAUUCCAUUAGCACUCGUAACAAAAGCCUCUAACUACCAAGUGUGUAAUCGCGCCAAUAGAAAAGUUUCCAUGAUACAAUUCCAAGUACCUCAAGCACGAAUAACUGGCGACUUUCUCGCCAGUUAUUCGUGCUUGAGGUACUUUAUUCGUUCUUCCCGCCAAAACUCUUCACAAUACCCCUAGCACGAACCAAUAUCGAAUUCAAAUAGUUUGCUAGUCCGAAAUGUCUAUGUCAAAUUUUGGAUGGAAACUUGAACAGCAGCGAUAGAACGGACGUUACGAGAACUAAAAAUCAGUACACAUUUGACAAUGACAUUUUGCACUCGCAAACUAUUCGAAUUCGAUAAUGGUUCGUGCUAAGGGUACAGGGGGAAAAAACUUAAAAGUGUAUACUUAAUUAUCAUCACGGUCAGACUCCAAAACUAAGUUUAAGUAAAAAAUGUAUUAUAUUAAAUCUCGCGCAUGCACCUAUGGAUUUGAUGACAUUGUAGACAUACAUAUACAUUAUAUUGUAUCGUAUAUCUUAUAAAGGUAAGUAACUAUUAGUGAUAUUUAAUUUAGUUUAAAUUUUUAUUUAAUUUUUUGGUUAUGCUGUACCUGUUUUAACAAAAUGUACUUAAAUCUGUAUAAACUUGAGUGUAAGCAAAUUUUAUUAUUCAACAUGACAAAAGAGUCAAUAUGUUAAAAUGUAAUGUACUUAUAUUAAUUAAAGAACAGUGUUUGUUUUAUAUUUAAACUAAGAUGUAUAAUUUAGUAGGUAUAAAUUUUUAAAUAAUUGUAAUGUUUUCGUUGAAAAAUACAACAUUAUAUAAUACAGCCAUUUGGUAGAUUUACCUGGAAAGUUUUCCGGGAGAUUUGAAAAUUGGUAGUUUUAUAGAUUUUGGGGUGCUCUUUCCGAAUUUCGACUUUGCCACCUCGUAUUUUUGCCGCUGGCGCCGCCAUAUUGGAAAAAUGACGCCUAAAAGCAGUUUUCUGACAAUAUCUCCUUUCCGACUCAUUUUACGAUAAAAACAGUUAUAUACAAAAUGAAACAAGAGACAAUUGCCUACAAUUUGUUUAUCUACCUUUUUUUCAUUAAGUCAAUAGUUUAAGCGUACGAGCGCCGCAAAGUGUACUCCGACGCGCAUUUUGGCCAAAAAAACUCAAUUCCACACCACCUUGAGGUAGAGAAAGUGGCGCGUUUUUUUUUAAUGUGGUAUCCCCAAUAGGCAAGAAAUGAGUUUUAACAAGCUUUCUGGAGCAAAAAAGUACCUCAAAAUUAAUAAAAUUACCAAAUUUCAAAACUCCCGGUAAACUUUUCAGGUAACCACUAUAUUUGUCACCAAAUGACUGUACUAAUAACCAAAUAGAUAUUAAAUAAAUGUUUUGCCUGAAACAGUGUUUUCUGAGACUAAAUCACGGAACAAUGAUCUGAAUAUGUAAAAAAAAAUUUUUUUUUAAAAGGUAUUUUCUGGUCAUUGUCACGGCUCUUACAUAACCUUACCUAGUAUGAAGUUUCAACUCUCAGGCGCAAUAAGUGCAGCCAAGUUAGUUGAUCUGUAUUUUAAUACACCCUAUUUAUCAAAUUGUUAAUUAAACCUUUUGAAUUACGAUUCGAGUCAGUGCCUUUUAUUGUUAUGUAUGUAACUUAUUAUAAACCUACGUGUUUCGAUUAGUUAAAUAAAGUUUAGAAAUUUACAUUUAUAAAUUAAAUAUAUAAGGGAAAGAUUACUCAAAAUAUUAAGUUUUAUCGAAUAUCCCAUUGUCAUAUGCACACCUACGUCAAACCAGUGUUAAAAAAAGUUAUUGUGUUUUAGUUUUAACAAUAUUCGUAAAUUCCCUAGUCUUAAUCUUUCCUCAUACAAUAACAAAUCUCAUAAAAGCUGGCAAAAUCUAGGUAUUACAUUGUUAAAAUUUUAACCAAUUUAAAUUAUUAUAUAAUAAUUAUAAAAUUUACAAUUGUAAGAUUUAUUUGAUAUGUAAGAUUGAUUUGUAUUGUAAGAUUCUAUGCUAUAAUUAUUCUGUUAACAUUUAAAUUUAAAAAGUAAUAA